AUGUCAUGUGCUCAACUCGAACUUGGAAAAUGGAUUUCCAACAGCAACCGCGUUGUCGAUCCUGAGACAACAAUCACAAACAACACAUCAUACAGUCCACUCGAAACUACGAACAAGGUUUUGGGAAUUCAUUGGCAACCGCACACGGACACAUUGGCAUACAAGGUAUCUUUGCCCAGCGAGGGAAAGAUUACAAAACGGCAAGUUUUAUCAGACGUGUCUCGCAUUUUCGACCCACUUGGAUUGCUGGCUCCAGUGGUUAUUCAAUUCAAAAUCCUGUUCCAAGAACUUUGGGUUCUCAACUUAGACUGGGACAGCCCGCUACCGCUUAGCCUGGAAGAUUGGUAUCUCAAAUGCAAGAACGAUAUCAACACGCUCAAUGAACUUGAGGUUCCACGCUACAUUGGCAACUCUACUGACACAAUUGAAUUGCACGCCUUCUCUGACGCAUCUAUAAAAGCCUACGCUGCUGCCGUUUAUAGUAGAGUCACUCUCCCUGAUGGUAACAUAAAGGUUACUCUUAUUGCUGCAAAGACUCGUGUUGCACCGCUCAAAACACAAUCACUUCCACGCCUGGAAUUGUGCGGCGCACUGCUACUAAGUCGACUCAUCAACUCAGUCAAAGCUGCACUGAAAAACUACAACGUCACUGUUUACGCCUGGUGCGACUCUACCAUUGUUUUGGCUUGGCUCUCGCACAUACAUGCCAAACUAAAGACUUUCGUCGCAAACCGCACUGCCGAAAUCCUCAGCAUCAUUCCACGAGAUCACUGGCAACAUGUCAAAUCAGAUGACAACCCUGCUGACUGCGCUUCAAGGGGCAUGCUAGCUGCUGACUUAGUAAACCACAACUUAUGGUGGAAGGGCCCACACUGGCUAUACUCAACCGAAGCUGAAUGGGUAAAAACACCUAGCACUCCUCAUUCUAGUUUCAUUUCAGAUGAACAAGUCCAGGCUGAAGUAAAAGGUUCCGCUUUCACGACAAUGAGAACAUACAACACUGAAACCUCACUAUUGGGCCAACUGAUCGACCGUGUCUCCUCGUGGCCAAAGCUACUUCGUAUUCUCGCCUAUGUUCUCAAGUUCAUCCGACGCAAUCGCAGAAAAUCCAACACCGCUACGCUGACAUUUGAGGAGAUCCAUGACGCACGGAUCCUGUACCUGCGCCAUGCCCAAGACGAAUUCCAAGCUGACUACAAGCGACUCCUGAACCAGCAAGAUUUGGGAAACAAAUCAAAAUUGCGCACCCUCUCACCGCAAAUCGACAAACAUGGACUCCUGCGGGUGGGUGGCCGUUUAGGUAACUCAGAACUGCCAGCGGAUGUGCAGCAUCCAAUAAUUAUGCCCAAAUCUCAUCGCAUAACGAAGCUCAUUCUGGAACAUGAGCACCGGAUUCACUUACAUCCUGGAGUAUCGGCGUUAUUCGUGAUCGCACGCCAACGCUACUGGGUGUUUGGCGCACGCAACCUCAUUCGAAAGAUCACGCAUGACUGUCUAAAAUGCUUUAGACAACGGCAACACACAUCUCACCAAUUCAUGUCAGAUCUGCCGUCUGUCCGGGUUCGGCAGGCAUUUCCGUUUGCAAACACUGGCUGCGACUACGCCAAGCCAAUCACCCUCAAGGUCCACAAGGGAUGA